AUGUUACACCCCUGUAUGUUGUGUUGUCUCAUCGCGAUGGGAGCAGUCAAGAAGCCCAGACCCGCGUUACAAGAGCCAAGAGCGGCGCCGGCUCGAGGAGCGCAGCAAGUCCGGGCCCCGCGAGGACCGGGAGGAGCGCCCGCGCGAGCGCCCGCCGACUCCAAACCCCCCAGGGAUAGGAAGACCAGAUUCACAAACGUCGACGAAAAGGAUUACAGCUGGGGCAAAACAGAAGCGGGCAAGGAAGCGGCCGCGCCCGGAGACAAGGAGAAACCGAACUUCGGUCUGUCGGGCAAACUCACGGCCGAGGCCAACACCGUCAACGGGGUCGUCAUCAAGUACUCCGAGCCUGAUGACGCCAAGCAGCCAAAGAGGCGGUGGAGAUUCUAUCCCUUCAAAGGCGACAAGGCUCUCCCGAUCCUAUACAUCCACCGGCAGUCGGCCUUCCUGAUCGGGCGCGACAAGAAAGUAGUAGACAUCGCGCUGGAGCACCCCUCCAUCAGCAAGCAGCACGCCGCGCUGCAGUACCGCUGCACGCCCUUCACGCGCGCCGACGGCUCGCAGGGCCGCCGCGUGAGGCCCUACGUCAUAGACCUGGAGUCCGCAAACGGCACAUUCGUGAACAACAAGAAGAUCGAACCGCGUCGCUACAUCGAGCUCCUAGAACGCGACGUGGUCAAGUUCGGUUUCUCUGCACGCGAGUACGUUCUACUCCACGAGAACAGCAAGGACGAUGCCCAAGAUGACGACAACCAGGAGCCCGCGGGAGUCACCACUACUGACCAGAUCAAGAGGGAGAAACGCGUCAAGCAAGAAGUGGUCGAGGACGGGGAAUAAGGUUAUGUUUUAUGUUAGUGCCUGUCAUAUUAUACACAAUACAAUGAAAAGUACAUGCUACACCACGAAAAUAACAGAGAUGACGCGCAAGAUGACGAUAACCAGGAGCCUGUGGCAGUCAUCACUACUGACCAGAUCAAGAGAGAGAAACGCGUCAAGCAGGAGGUGGUCGCGGAUGGAGAACAAGGUUAUGAUUUAUAUUACUGUCUCUCUUACACAAUAUAGUGAAUAGUACAUGCUACCCCAAGAAUACAGUAAAAAUGACGCGCGAGACGAUAACCGGGAGCCCGCGAAAGUCACCACUAUAGGAGAUGGUUCAGGACGCAGAAUAAGAUUAGAUUAUGUUUAUUGUUACUACCAUACACGUAAAAUGAAACUUAGUACGGCUACAUUAGCUAAGAUGUGAAUCUAACGAGAAAUGUGAAACGCGGAAUUUAUGUCCUAAAUCUAAUUUGACGUGUUUCAUUUGUCAAAAUGUUUAAGAUUGCUAUCAAAUAGUUUUACUACCCUAAUUCUUAUUUUUUCGCAAAAUUUCUUUGAAACCAUAAUUAUAUGCGUUUUUCCAAAAUGUUUACUAUAGGUAAAUUAGAAUGAAGAGGCGUACAAUUGGUUUUGAAAGAAAAUACAUAUUGCCUUUGCUAAGGGUUUCACAUCUUAUAAGCAUAACGUUUGAAGUUUAGUGUCAUGACAAUAGUGCGAGUGAAUUAAUGUUGAUUAUCAUAAACCAGGGACAUCUAUUGUUUCCCCAGAAAAGAAAAUAAUUAUACUUUCAAAUGAAUUGAAUUUGACAAACCUAUUUCUCUGUUAUAUAACUUAUAUAAAUGUGCAUAUAAUCUAAUAUUAAUGAUUCUUCAAUACCACAAAGCCAGAAAUUAAAAAAAAAUCGACUGACUUCGUGGAAUUUAAUGUUAUGCAGCUUCACUGCAGUUCGGAUACCUUUUAUCGAGCAGAAAGUGUUCAAGUAGCAUACUUAAUAUGAUUGUGCAAGGCAUAAAUGUAACUAAAACAACUUUCAUAAAAAGAAUACUAUUUCGGAAAGUAGUGUACAUACUUUAUUUCUCACGGAAUAACAACAGGUAGAUAUAUUUUUCUCAUUGCUGAAAUUUUAUGAUUAUAUUUUUUAAUUAGAGAAUGUCCGUGAUAAAUAAAGAUAUUCUUUGUAGCUAUAUAACUGGAUAUUGUUAGAGUAUUCCAUGACGUUCUCUUAGGAUAAAGCCUAACUGGUAAUAUCUCAAUGGAAGGCUCUACGGUCCGGCGCAAUAGUACCCACUAGUUAGAUUUAAGAAAAUCAUAGGCGGUGCUGUAACAGUACGCCGCUCCUGUUAUGUCUAGGAGCCUGUGACAUUUCAAUUAGUUCCAUUAUAUUGUUAUUUACCUACUGGUAUUUGAUGUACAUAUUUAUUAUGUAUAACUACUAUACCGUGGCCAACUUUAGGCUCUAUUGUCGUUAUAUUUAUCGUAAUCAUCAUAAGUAAAUUUUAAAUAAAAUAAACGUCUAGACGAA